UGCUACUCCUAAGCUCCUCCACAAUCGCUUAUUGCCAAAGCUUUUCCCUUUCCAUCGCCUUUUCAGCGAAGCAUCUCAUAGUCCUCUUUGGAUAAACCUUCAGGGUAAAACCAUGGUGCAACAUGUAAGUGAGAUGCUGCUGAUCAUCUUCCUAACAUUCUCCUACAAGGCAAUCAGCACAAAGCCCUACUCCAAGACAGGGAUGCUGAUUGACUUCAAUUCCAGCUAUUGCUUAAGCUGGAGACUAGCAGUAGAAGCCAACAACGUGCGUCCAUGGCGCACAGCACCUGCUCAGUGUCUGCGUUACACUGAGAUAUACAUGCUUGGUGGACAGUAUGACAGAGACGUCGAAUUGAUCGUAGAGCAGAUUAAGAGUUACGUGGAUGAGAUUGUUCUUUCUGGUGAUGGAAUGGAUGCAUGGAUCUUGGAUGUUGAUGACACAUGCAUCUCAAACAUCUUUUACUACCGGGUGAAACGAUAUGGGUGUGACCCUUAUGAUCCGAUGGGUUUUAGGGCAUGGGCGAUGAAGGGAGGGUGUCCAGCAAUCCAGCCUGUGCUUGAAUUGUUCAAUAAGCUGACAACGACAGGCUUCAAAGUUUUCCUCGUAACUGGCAGAGAUGAAGAGAGCCUUGGCCAGGCAACACUAGAAAAUUUGCAAAAUCAGGGAUUCAUGGGUUAUGAAAGGUUGAUCAUGAGGAAUCAGGAUCACAGAGGACAAAGCGCAAUCACAUACAAGACAGCAAUCAGACAGAAACUGAUGGAAGAAGGUUACAGGAUAUGGGGGAAUGUAGGAGACCAGUGGAGUGACUUACAAGGACAAUGUUCCGGGAACCGCACCUUUAAAAUCCCUAAUCCUAUGUAUUUCGUUCCUUAAGAAACCACCAACCAACUUAUGUACAAGAGAGUACAUACAUUACAAAGCCUGUCUCUCAAGAAAUUAAAAUAUCUCAAGACAACGGUUUCACAUCUCCUUAUCACAGGGGCAUACUCCAUGAAAAGGAAUCAGAAGCCGACUCGUUCCAUAUAAUGUCGAACGAGAACAAAUAACAAGAUUUCAAUA